AUGGGCUACCUCCUUUAUUUCUCUGCUGAGACGUGGACUCUCCUGGCUGCUCUUGUCACAUUGAUCCUUGUGUAUGGCUCUUGGUCAUAUGGAGUGUUUAAACAAAUGGGCGUUCCUGGUCCCAAACCACUACUUUUUCUGGGCACUUGGAUGGAAUAUAGGAAGGCAUUAGUGAAUUUUGAUUACGAAUGCUUCAAGAAAUAUGGAAAAAUAUGGGGAAUUUUCGAUGGCCGGCAGCCUGUGCUGUGUGUCACAGAUCCUGCCAUGAUAAAAAGCAUUCUGGUAAAGGAGGGUUACCUCCUGUUCACCAACCGCAGAGUAAGUAUUGUAUACAACUUCCAUGUGAAUGGGGGAAUGUACGAUGCCGUGAACUUCGCUGAAGAUGAGCAGUGGAAGAGGAUCCGCAGUGUCCUCUCGCCCUUCUUUACCACAGGAAAACUGAAAGAGAUGUUUGACAUAAUAAAGCAAAACUCUGCCAAGCUGAUCACCAACAUGCAAAAGACGGCAGACAAGGAUGAGUCCCUGGACCUGAAGGAGUUCUUCGGAUGCUUCAGUAUGGAUGCAAUAAUGAGCACAGGAUUCAGUGUAGACAUCGGCUCGCUCAACAACCCCUCUGACCCAUUUGUCUCUAACGUUAAGGAGUUGGCCAGGUUUGACUUUUUCAGUCCUCUCUUCCUCUUUCAGGUCUUCUUCCCCUUCAUGAUCCCAUUAUAUGACAAGAUGGAGCUUGCCUAUUUCCCUUCCUCUGUCACAGACUUUUUUUACACUGUACUGCAGAAGAUCAAGAACGAUAGAAAGUCCAGCAAACAAGCUAAUCGAGUGGAUUCCCUUCAGUUGAUGAUGGACUCUCAGAAAAACAGCACAGUCGAGAAGAAUAAAGGUUUAAGUGAUCAUGAGCUCCUUUCUCAAGCCCUGUUUAUGAUCUUCGCUGCGUAUGAAACAAACAGCAGCUCACUGACUUUCCUUGCUUACAUUCUGGCGAGAAACCCUCACGUCAUGAAAAAGCUGCAGGAGGAGAUUGACUCCACCUUCCCUAACAAGGCUCCUGUUGAGUACCAGGCCCUGAUGCAAAUGGAAUAUCUAGACAGUGUCAUCAAUGAGUCUCUUCGAUUGUACCCCAUCGUCCUACGCGUGGAGCGGGUGGCCAAGGCAACUGUGGAGAUAAAUGGUCUUGAGAUUCCAAAAGGAAUGGUUAUCACGGUCCCCACUUGGACUCUGCACCGCGACCCUGACUCCUGGCCUAAACCAGAGGAAUUCAUACCUGAGAGGUUCAGCAAGGAAAACAAGCAGAAUAUUGAUCCCUACACAUAUUUGCCUUUCGGAGAAGGGCCAAGAAAAUGCAUUGGAAUGCGAUUUGCUCUGAUGUCGAUGAAACUUGUAGCUGUGGAGAUCCUCCAGAGGUUCAGCUUCUCUGUGUGUGAGGAGACUGAGAUCCCGCUCGAGAUGGACAACCAGAUUCUGCUAAUGCCAAAACAACCAGUCAAACUGAAGCUGGAAAAACGCAGCUAAAAAAGCUACAACAUUUUAAUUGUGUUGCACACAAACCUACAUGUGUUUGCAUGUU